AUGCGACGUUUCUGUGCGAACAAAAGCUAACAGCACAACACGGAACAACAUAACGAAAAUAGUGAAGAUUAUUUUUCAUAUUCUAUAAUGUGAGAUUGUGUCGUGUUUAUUCUGUUGAAAAUACUACUAAAACAUAAAUUAAAGGGAAUUCUUCAGUACAGUGAUGUAGUUAUUCGUCGGGAGUGAACAAAUUAAAGCGAUUGGCUCAUUUUCGUUGCCUUAAAAGUUGAAAGGCAGUAUCUUUUCCAUUAUAUGGGAAACAGCAGCAGUGACCAAACAGUCGUUCAGCUUGAGGAGGAAGCUGCUGCUGCGAAACCAUCAUCAUUCUCGUCGUUGCUGUCAUCAUCAUUGCCGUCGACUGCUACAGAAUCGACGCAAAAUCGUAGACAGAUAAAUCGUUCGUUCAGCUGGGAUGGCGUCGUGGAUCGAGUAAACCGAAAUAUUGAAAGAGUUACUCGCUCGCUAUCCUGCACACUUCAUCAUAACAUCGACAACGUUAGACAACCCAACAAUAGUUCUCGAAGCCGUCCUUGGUGUCGUGUAUCACGAAAAGGGUGGCAUGAAUCAACGUUAGCAGACGAGCACCUGCUGUCAAAGACUUGCUGGCCGGUUUCAAGCGCUGAAGCGUUGUUUUUGCCUCAUUUUACGGUAGACUGCAACGCCGAGCGGAACUACACGAUCUUGGAGCAUAUCGCAAACGGUGCGUUCGGAAAGGUCUACAAAGUGCAGAAGACAAGUGGUGAAGAGAGAACAUUGUAUGCACUAAAAGUUCUAAGUAAAUCUGAGAUUAUCAAUAGCGGUGCUAUUGGUCAGUUGAAGGACGAGGUUGACAUACAGACUGUUUGUGGUCAUCAUCCGUUCCUAGCUCAAUGCUUGCGCUAUUGGCAAAAUAAGAAAAAGAUUUUUCUACUUUCCUUCUUUUACCCCAACGGAGAGCUCUUCCAAAAGAUAGUUCAUUUCCCUUUGGAGCUUGUACGUUUGUACGUUGCAGAAAUCGCCCUAGCACUUGAUUUUCUUCAUCAGGCCGGAAUCAUACAUCGGGAUUUGAAGCCAGAGAACAUACUGCUGGAUCAAGACUACCACAUCCGCUUGAUUGAUUUUGGGCUUAGCAAGUGGCUGCGCAUUGGUUCCCGUACUCACACGCUUUGCGGCACUUUGCAGUAUAUGGCUCCGGAAAUUCUAUCCCGGGAACCGUACGGACAUGCAAUUGAUUGGUGGGCAUUAGGAGUUUUAGCGUGCCGGAUGUAUAUUGGAGAGUACCCUUGUCUGGAUUUAUCAAGUUACCUAAACAAGUUUAACGAUGUCGAUGAGCUCAUUGAGCAUGGGAAAAUGCGAGAGUGGUCUACGUCGAAAAGUUUUAUCCCCGAAUCAGUUGCUACACUUCCGGGUGAAGCACAGGAUUUGCUAAAACGAUUGCUUGAAACUAAGCCCCAAUACCGCCUUCGUUCCGUGCUUCAACUUCAGCGAAUCGCUCUUUACAGAAAUUUCAACUGGGAUGAUGUCCGGAACAAAAAGGUUUCGCCGAGGCAGAUUAUCAUCGCUUCAUCGACUGCGAUCGUUGGAUCUGGUGAUGGAGAUCAGGGGACAGGCGAAUCGUUCGAGGAGUUCGAUUGGUAAUUAUGGCUACCUCCUGAAUGGCACAUGGCGUGGCGGUGCGUCUGUUUAAAACGAAACUGCAAAUCAACGAAAAACGUGUGAUCUUCGGCAGCUCAAAUUGCGGCAAUUGGAAGCUUUUGUGUGCUCAAGUUUUCAGACCAAUACCGGCGGUUUGCAUGUGGAUAAACAAAUUAAGAUAAUAUAGAUGUUAUUAUAGCUAACGUAGGAAAACAAUGUAUGAAUUCGUGUAUCAAGAGGAGGGAGAGUGCAAAUCACCGUACACUGUGUAAGAAUUCUUCCUUCAGUUAAAAAAUAAGUGCCAUUAUUGGUUAAUAAGCGUUCAACCUUCGAGUUGCUGCGGCACGGAGUGUUGCGAAGCUCGCUUCGAUCGUAUCGCCAGCAGGUUCUCAAGUAUUUAUAUGUUGGGAUAGUACGUAAAGAGGAGUUAGAUCAGCUGAGAGAUGCCAUAAGUCGUAAUGGUUGAUGGUGGUGACGGCAACGAUUGUGAUGAUGCUUAUGAUAAUGUGCCACUACUCUCUUGAUUAAUCCGUCCGUUGUGUAUAUUUUAUACCAUAAGCAAUUAGGCACCGUCGAUAAUAAUUAAAAGCAUCCUUAACUGCUUUGAACUGAAAGAUAAGAUUUCGCCUUGAACUUGAGAAAAGCAGCUCGUGCACAUAGAAAUACUGCCUUGAAAUGUUUUGUUUUGUGUAGGUGUCGUAAAUGCUUACCUAGUGUUCUUCAGG